ACUCGGCACUGCGAGCCCCGGGAGAAGACGUCGCGGCCGCCACCUUCUCGGUCCAGGCCUCGGCCUUCCUGAGCCUCCCCCCUUCGUCUCGUGGGUCGUCUUUUCCUUCCGUUUCGAAGCCGGUGGCGUCGCGGCCGCCCUUGCCGGGCUCUCUGAGAAUGGUGGGAGUGAAGCCGGUCGGGAGCGACCCGGAUUUCCAGCCGGAGCUGAGCGGCGCGGGCUCUAGACUCGCCGUGGUCAAGUUCACCAUGCGAGGGUGUGGACCAUGUUUAAGGAUUGCCCCAGCAUUCAGUUCCAUGAGUAAUAAGUAUCCGCAGGCAGUUUUCUUGGAAGUAGAUGUCCAUCAGUGUCAGGGAACAGCUGCCACCAACAAUAUAUCAGCAACACCUACAUUUUUGUUUUUUCGAAACAAAGUGAGAAUUGAUCAGUAUCAAGGAGCAGAUGCUGUGGGAUUAGAAGAAAAAAUCAAGCAGCACUUGGAAAAUGACCCUGGAAGCAAUGAGGACACGGAUAUUCCAAAAGGCUAUAUGGAUUUGAUGCCUUUUAUUAACAAAGCUGGCUGCGAGUGUCUUAAUGAAAGUGAUGAGCAUGGAUUUGACAACUGUUUACGAAAAGACAUGACCUUCCUGGAAUCUGAUUGUGAUGAACAGCUGCUUAUUACUGUAGCAUUCAAUCAGCCUGUUAAGCUUUAUUCAAUGAGAUUUCAAGGGCCAGAUAAUGGUCAGGGUCCUAAAUACGUAAAAAUUUUUAUCAAUCUACCUCGAUCUAUGGAUUUUGAAGAGGCAGAAAGAAGUGAACCAACUCAAGCUCUGGAACUAACAGAGGAUGAUAUUAAAGAAGAUGGCAUUGUCCCACUUCGUUACGUUAAGUUUCAGAAUGUUAACAGUGUAACUAUAUUUGUUCAGUCCAAUCAAGGUGAAGAAGAAACAACAAGAAUUUCAUAUUUUACUUUUAUUGGUACUCCAGUCCAGGCAACAAAUAUGAAUGACUUCAAACGAGUAGUUGGCAAAAAAGGAGAAAGCCACUAAGGUACAAAAGACACUGGAAGACCAUGUUGCAAUGAGAUCUACAGCUCCUGGAUAAUUGCUUGAUUCUCGCCAGAGACUGUCAAUAUUCCAUUCAUUGCCAUUACCAAUAAAUCAUUGCUUUUGUUCAGAUGAUAUCACUAGUGUUUCUAUUGUAAUCUUGAUACAUGCAGUUGUAAAUAAAAGUCACUACUUUUGCCAAGCUUAAUUUUUGUCAUUCUAAAUAAGUAUUUUCUCUUUCCAUUUGUUUGAAAAUUGGCCAACUUCUGAUUUUAGAAGAGACUUAAGUGUCUGGUAGCAUAUUGAUCGAAAGCUAGUUUCUCUGUUUAGAGGAGCAAAACUGUUAUAGAGAAUUAAGGAGUGUAUAUGUGCUCGUACGCACACACAGAGCAAGUGGUUUUGAUAAAUGGACUUGGAACAGCUAACUGUUCAAAUGAGUGCUAAUUCGUAUGUUUACUAAAUAGCAUUUGAGUAUCUGGCUAUAGAAAUUACUCAAAUUAUAAACUACCGGAAAUAAACACAAGUUUAAUGAGAUUUAACUGUUUUCACCUAAACUGUUAGUUAAUGGAACCACAGAUUUUAAUCUCUCUGGAUAAACUAAGAAUUCGAGUCAGCCAUUUUUUGUACUAAUAGAGGUGUGUUAAAAUCUGACAGUAGGGAAAAAUACAGUAAUAUGAAUUCAUGAAGCAACAAGAAUAAUAUCUUUUAAUCAAGUAUUUAUUAUCUUAACUACAAAAAUAAUCAAUGUAAAUAUACAGAGAACAUGAUUUAAGAUUGAAAAUGAAUAGACCAAAUGUAUAUGUUUAAAAGGUCUUUCACAAAAGGCUGGCAAAACAAAAGAUCUGUUUCUUAUUACUGUUUCUUUGAUCUUAAAACUGUAAUCUAGAAAGUAUUGGUAAAAUUUAAUUUUUUAAUUUCUCUAUUUUUAAAAUUAAAAUUUAAUUUUUUAAAUUUCUGAGUAUUUUAAAAAUUGUGUUUGAAAAAAGUACGUAAGACUAUUAAUUUUGAUUCAAUUAUUUAAAUAAUACAUUUGAGGGCAUUUUCGUCUAAGAAUAUGGUCGAGAUACUGUUUGCCUUUGGGAGACCAACGUAUUUAUACACAAUUAUGAAAAAAUUAUGCAGAAGGUUUUGUGUUAAAAAUAGUCACUUUCUGAAACCCUAGUGUCAUUAGAUAAUGUUUAGUUCCUUUGUAUGUAAGCACAUUAAUUGGCCUGUGGUGAUGUCUAUCUGUAUCUUGUAUUUCAUAGUUGUGUUGCCUUGGGUCGAGUGGAGGCAGAAGGGCAAGAAAUAAAAGUUUAUAACACUCGUUAAUAUA